AUUCAUCUCAGCUUCUAUUUUUAUCCCUUGAUUGUUGCUAUCGUGUCCUUUCUAUUUUCCCCGAUUUUGCCAUGUAUCUUCCUUAUCUACUUUAUCUGCUUUACCUUUUUUCACUAUGUUUACCGCCUUUCUUCACCGUCUUCUUGCUGCUCUCUUACACGACGUACCUUCACGCCCGCGUCCACACAACUCACUGUAAUCGUGCUUUCCCUUUCGUGUUGACCAUCAUCGCUCCUCAGACCAACGCCUCUGCUUCAGAUACUGAUCAUACUCGAAGCCAUCUUCCGGAACUUUAUACCAAUAGCGCCUACAACUUCUUGCUGCAAUAUCUCCAUCAUUACACUUGGGUAUGCUUUCCUGUUCACUAACUAUCUAAUAUCCACUGACUAUCUAAUAUAUACUUCUACUAUACAAAAUAUGUUUCUUUACUAAUGAAAAAUUAAAAAAAAAAAAAAAAAAAAAGUCGCACAAUAUACAUGAGAUUAAAAAAUUAUAACAAUUGUUGAAUUAAAAAAAUGUAAGUUACUGACAUGUUACUUCCAUUAUUGUUUUUUAUGUCUAUUGAAACUUGGUCAUAAAUCUCUCCAUAUAACUACUUUGCUUCUCUGUUACUUUCUUGGUGUUACCUCCAUCUAUAAAAGUCACUUGCUUUCUUGCUGUCCGACACAAAUGCCACGUACAAAGAGACAACGGUUUGAUUCUACUGACCCAUCGAAUGCUCCUUCAACAUCAAAUCAGAAUCGUAACUAUCAAUCAUCAUCUCAGUCUGCUUAUCGCUCUACUAUGCUUCGUACUUCAUCUGAGAGAAAUCAUAACUGUCAAUCAUCAACACAAGCUGCUUAUCGCUCUACUUUGCUUCGUGCUUCAUCUGUUAAUGCUUCUUCUUACAUAGAUAAUGGUGACUGCAACAACAUCUGUGAAUUUUGUGGUGCUUGCUUUUGGUAUGACGAGCGUGCGUUUGCUGCUUCUAAUAAUCAACGUCCAAAGUAAAUGCAAUGUUGCAAAGGAGGUCGUGUGGCUAUCCCGUUUCACACACAACUUCCUGCAGCAAUUGUACAUCUAUUCCAACAACCUGAAUUCAUGUUAAACAUUCGAGCCUACAAUUCUAUGUUCUCUAUGACCUCUUUAGGUGGGAAGGUAGAUGACACAAUAAACAACGGUGCUGGCCCAUUUUUCUUCAAGAUUGCAGGCCAGAUUCAUCACUGGCUUGGUAGUCUAUGCCCACCACCUAACAAGAAACCACGAUUCCUGCAAAUGUACGUUUAUGACACUGAAAAUGAAAUUGAUAAUAGGCUUCGUGCUUUUACUUCUGAAAAUCGAACACCUCUUAAUCGUGAAACGGUUACCCUUCUUCUAAAAACCUUAGACACUUCGAAUGAAUUGAUUAAGCUUUUUCGAAUAGCUAGAGAUAUUUGUUCGACGACCGAUGCACCCACCUUUACCGUCUAUCUUUAUAGCUCGGAAAAUGCUUUACGUUAUGAUAAGCCAUCCCCUGGUUGUAUCGGUGCAAUUGUGUCUGAUGAUGACCCAACAUGUAACACCUUUGACAUAAUUAUUAGACACAAAGAUGGUAGCCCUCAACGUAUAACCAAACUUCACCCAUUCUACAUGGCAUUGCAAUACCCACUACUUUUCAUUUAUGGUGAAGCUGGAUGGUCAUCAAAGCUAACUCUUCGUGGAGACGAUAGUUCACGACACAAAAAAUUGACCAUCAACAUGUACUAUAGUUAUAUGUUACAUGAUCGGUACAACUUAUAUACACUACUACUUAGGGCAGGUCGCCUUCUACAACAAUAUUUGGUGGACGCCUACGUAUGCAUUGAAGAGAGUCGACUAAACUACAUAAGGAAGAAUCAAAAUGUCUUUCGUACUGAAUUUCUUCAGGGCGUACACGAUGCAGUUCAACGUGGUGAUACUGAAGGUCGUGAUAUUGGCAAAAGGAUUAUACUGGCAUCGUCUUUUGUAGGUGGCCCACGAUACAUGUACAAGCACUACCAAGAUGCUUUAGCUAUUUGUCGAGUACAUGGAAAUCCUCAGUAUUUCAUCACAUUUACAUGCAAUGUUAAGUGGCCUGAAAUUCAAAGAUAUAUAUCACAAUUUCCAUCCCUCAAAGCACAAGAUCAUCCAGAUAUCAUCACCAUAAUCUUCCAAAUAAAGGUUAGAUCACUAAUUGACUUUCUCAACUCCAUAAAACCUUUUGGUGAAGUAGGCGCAGAUUUAUACACCAUUGAGUUUCAAAAGAGAGGACUUCCACAUUGUCAUUUACUAUUAUGGGUCACUACUCCAUAUAGAAUAAAAGAAGCAGAUGAAAUUGAUAGAUACAUAUCCGCUGAAAUACCAAAUCCCACUCUAGAACCUCCUCUGUAUUAGAUUGUUACACAUCUCAUGAUACAUGGACCGUGUGGUAUACUUAACCCACGUGCGCCAUGUAUGGUGUCAGAUUUAUGUUCUAAGCAUUAUCCGAAAGAAUACCAACAACAAACAUCAUUUGACAGCAACGGGUAUGUUCAAUACAGAAGACAACCAAAUUGGUUUCAUGUAAUUAAGAACAAUGUGAAAAUAGACAAUAGAUAUGUCGUGCCAUACAACCGCGAAUUAUGUUUACAUUAUAUGGCUCAUAUCAACGUUGAAUAUUAUGGUUGGAAUAUGCUUAUCAAAUAUCUCUUCAAGUAUAUAUCAAAG